AAGAGAUGGACUUUAAGAAGGCCAAGAGGUGGAGGUGCAGAAGGUGGAGAAGCAGAUGGUUGAGGAGCAGAUGAUGGAGGAUCAAAAAAGAACAGACUGAAGUCCUUUGGACUUUUGGAGACUUUAGAGAAUGUGAGAAAAUGUAUAACUGUGUGUAGAUAAUCAGACAGUCACACUGCUGCUGAGAAAUCUGGACUGUAUUGUGGAUGACGGACGUGUACGAAGCGUUCCUGAGAUUUGGGACUGUCCUCACUGCACAGGUCAUGAUGGAGAACAGACGCUCAAAAGGCAUCGGGUAUGUGACGUUUUCAUCUCCUGAUGAGGCUCGAGUAGACAUCAUGGAGAUGAACGACAGGGUGCUGGGCAGCAGGACUGUGUACUUAAGUCCCUCUCAGACCACCAAGGGACGAAGUCACGGCAUGAAGGUAGAAACCAUCUCACCUUCAAAACCCUGCCCAGACCCAACGCCAACAAGAACAUCCAUCCACAGAGUGGUACUGCACAAUGGACAGUGCAAAGGCUUUGGAUUUGUCUGAUAUUCCUCUCUGGAUGAAGACACUAAUGCCAUCAGAGAGUUGAAUGGAAAGCUGGUGAGCAGGAGGUCACUGUGUAUCACUAUGGCUGAGCAGUG